AUCUACAACAACUACGCAUGCUUCUACAGCUACUACUACUUCAACUACUACUAGUAAUAAUAGUACUACUCUUACUCCUUUAACAAAUUCCCCUAACUCCUCCUCCUCCCAACCAAAAGCUUCUGCAUUAACGCUACGUGUUGCUUGCAAUAAUGCUGCUGCACCAUCAACUUGUACUCAAAAUAUGACUACAGCAAACACUUCCACAUUUACCACAACUACAAAUACCACCACCACUACCAAUACAAAUACAAAUAUUAUUAAUUCUACUACUAACAACAGUAGCUUUGUUAAAUCUUUUAAUACCAAUUCAACAACUUUCACUCAUAACAUACCAACAACAUCUUCCAAUAAUGUCACUAACAUUUCUCCUCCUGUUACCAAUAAUAAUUUAAGUAUUAGUUUUAAUAAUCUAAUUAAUCAGAAUAAUAGUAAUAACAAUCAUCAGGUUUAUUACAAUGAUAACAUAAAUAAUACUACUUCAAAGCCUUUAGAAGCUGCUAAUAAUUCCCUAGCAUACAAACUAAAUUCCCAUCAUGGUAGUCUAGCGCUAAAUAUAAGACGCAAGGGGUUCUUCAAUCGUUUGACCUAUAGUAUUGAUGAGGAUGGCUAUGAGGCUACUAUGAAAACGCCAUCCCCUAACAUUGAGUUACCUCCUACUCCUGCUCCACCAUCAGCACCUGCUGCUAAUGCUAAUUCGAACAUUCAUACACAUAUUACAGCGAAUGUUAAUAAUACUUCAUUAAAUGUUACUGCUGGCAGUGGCCGCAUACAUAGUGCUGGUCUAAAUCGUCAUAUAACUUCGGUUCGCACGGGUCCAAUGACUUCGGCCCCUUUAACGGCCAUAACAAAUACUGAUACACGUCAAAAGCUGUUAAAUAAGCAAAUCAAAAUUAUAUCCGAUAUUAUGGUCGAGAGUAGCAAGUGCAGUAGUGGCGGUAUUACAAAUAAAUCAAAUGAAAAUUUAAAAUCCAACUAUGAUCAACUCAGUCAAAGAAUCUCCUCUGCUCAGGGAGAUGCUGCUGGUGGUAAUAAUGUACAUGAUGAUGAUGACGAUGAAGUUGAAUUUGUAGCUGUAACAACUGCUACCAAUAGUGCAAAUUCAAUCUGUGCCACAACUUCUUCUAACUCAUCAUCAACGUCAUGUAUGCGUCCUAAAUUAAAUUAUGAAUUUCGUUCAUAUUCGACUUGUGACUAGAGUAAAGAAAAGAGAAAAUUUAUGUUUUAAAUUUUACUUACUUUUAGUACUACUCUUUAACAAACACGACCCAACAUCUCCAAAAAAAAAAACUAAAAAAAAAUUUAUUAUUAAAUAUAAGACAAUUACAAAAUCGUUGUAAUGGAGUUUGAUUAAAAAAAAAGAAAUGAUUUUCAAAGAAAAAGUUUCUAAUUUAUAAUUAUUAAAUAUCUAAGGAAACUAAUUGAUAAUUGGUUUUUAAACUUUUUAUAUAAAAAACACCGUUUUUUAAACGCACUUUAAAUACACUUUACACACUCAUACUCGUAAUGUUUUGGAUUCUUGAGAGAAAUGUAUACUCGUUAUAGGGGGAACAGGGAAGUUAUUUAAAAAUUUUUGUUUUGCGUUUUUUUUUUUUUUAAACUGAAUGUAAUUUUAAUUUUAGUUUUAAAUUGUUGAACAAUGUUAAGUGCAAUAUUGUUUACAAAAAAAUAUUUUAAUUUUUAACAUUUUUUAUUUUAAAACUAAUUUAAUAAUGCAUCAUAUUUUGUGAUUUAUUUGUUCUAUUGCGGUGAUAAAACAACGUUGGACAUUUCAAAAAUGCUGAGGAUUUUGUGAAUUUAAUUUGUUUAAAUUCUGUUUGAAAUACCUUUUUUUUUAAAACACAGAAGCAAGUUUGUUCCUGCCUUCAAAUGAAAUAAACGAAAGAAUCCAUGUCAACAUGUACAAAACAUUGGCAUUUUCGAUUUAAUUAAAUUUUAUCUUACCUUUGAUAUAUUUCAAGAAUUCUUUAAACUUUUUGAUAUGAUAUCUUUUCAGUUUUCAAAUUAUAACGUAUUGAAAAUUUUCAUACAAAAUUUUUUUACCUUCGAUACAUUUCGGUGGCAUUCUUUGGCCGAGUGAUACAGAAGCAAGUUUGUUCCUGCCUUCAAAUGAAAUAAACGAAAGAAUCCAUGUCAACAUGUACAAAACAUUGGCAUUUUCGAUUUAAUUAAAUUUUAUCUUACCUUUGAUAUAUUUCAAGAAUUCUUUAAACUUUUUGAUAUGAUAUCUUUUCAGUUUUCAAAUUAUAACGUAUUGAAAAUUUUCAUACAAAAUUUUUUUACCUUCGAUACAUUUCGGUGGCAUUCUUUGGCCGAGUGAUACUCGGGUCGUUUCGACUAUAUUGCAGUUUCAAAAUUAUAGCGUAUUGAAAAUAUCCAUACAAUAUUCGUAUACCUUCGAUAAAUUACAAACUUUAUUAUGAAUAAGGAAGGGAAAAUACUGUAGCAAUAACAAAAAUGCUACAGUUCUCAACACCAGAACAAAAAAUAUAUGGAUCUGUUGUUGUUGUAACAGCUUUGCUGUCUCUAGAGAAAAAUACUUCCGGUUGAGACAUCUGUCACUGAGUUUACAUUCUUUGUUCGAUAAUUGUGGGAACGAUAUGGAACUGUGAUUUAAUACACUAUAAUACUGAUUUUACAGGAAAUAAUUUCCGUUUAAAGAUUUUUAUUUGUUUCCUUCUUCAAAUUACCCUGCAGUGAAUUUGUAGUGAUUUACUAUUGACAUUAUCAGUUGUUGUUGUAACUGUUCGACUGUGGUCGAUUGUACUUUCCUGAAGGAAAAAAACGUUCGGUUUAUACAGCUGUCGCUGAGUUAACAAUUUGGCCAAAUAUGUUUCGGGUCGUUCCGGAACGGAGAUCCAAUUGUCGUGGGAACGUGUCAUUGUCAGUAGUACUACUGACCAGAUGUACUGUACCCCAGCCAUUGUAAUCUUCUAUUGACAUAGAAGCUUGUCAUUGAAAAACCACCAGUAGUUAUUAAAACAAAACUCAAGUUUUUGGUAAAUAAAUUAUUUAAGAAGAUUAUUUAAGUUACAAGAACAAAUAAUUACAUACAUACUAAUAUCAAUUCAACUUAAGAAACUGUAAGUGGUUUCAUUCCGAAAAUAUUUUUGUUUUACUUUUUCUGACGAAUUAAUUCCACUAUCGAUCGGAUUGGAAUUCUGUGACAUGGAGGAAUAUUUGAAUAUAAUUCCAACGAAAUUUUCAAAUGCUUGAAUUUUUAGCAAGUUAAUGCUUAAGUACAUUUUAAUAGAACUUUUGGUACUUUUAAAAAAUUUUUUUUUAUUAGGCUUUCAUAUUUUUUAUUUCAAUUACAUAUUAUUUUUUUAACAUUUUUAAAAAAACACAAGAUUCUCAAGUUAAAUAAUUUUGAUUUAAAAAUUAAAUUUUAUUUGUUUUCUAAAGACAAAUUUACACUACUGUGAACAAAUUAUUUUUUAUCAAAAAAAAAACGGAAGAUUAUUUUUUAUCCAUUUUAAUUUACUUGUUAAUUGUUUUAGAUUAACUCCUUGUUCCUCCAAAAAAUAUUGUUACAUUUCUCCGUUAGAAUAUUUUACACAAUUUGUUUUUUUUUUUAAUAACACAUAAAAACACAAAACUAAGAAUCUCAAGUUAAAUCAUUUUUAUUUAAAUAUUAAAUUUUAUUUGUUUUCUAAAAACAAAUUAUGCACUGUGAACAAUUUCUUUUAAAAAAAAUUAAAAAUUAAUUUUUGUUUUACGAAAACAAAAUUUACACUGUGAACGAAAUUAUAUCAAAAUUUAUUUAAAAUUUUUGUUUUUAUUAUUAUUUCAAACUCAAUAUAAUCUGUGUUUUGGCUGUGAAACAGAUUAAAUUUAAUUUAAAAAAAGAAAUAUGUAUAAAAAAAAUAAUAAAACAAACAAAAAUAAUAUUUAAAUCAUACAAGUAUUUAUAAAAUACUUAAAAAGUAAAGAAGAUAGAAAACGAUUAACAAAUUUAAACGUAAAUUAUGCAUUCCUUAAACUUAAACCAAAGAGAAGACUAUUUCAUAAAUGUAUUUUUAUGUAUAAUGAUGAUGAUCGAUUGAUUGAUUGUACUUAAUAAUUAUUAACACACAAAAAACCUAUAACUACCUACAAAACUACUACAACAACUUUUUAUGUAUUUCAUUAAUUUUAUGUAUUAUUAUUAUAUUAUUUUGUGAUCACCAGUUAUAACCAAAAAAAAAAAGUUAAGAAAAAGUAAAUCUCAUGAUUUUUUAAAAAAAAAUAUAUUUCUACCUGUAUAAAAGGUAUUUAAAAAAUACUUUAGAAACACUUGGUAAUAAAACAAAAAUAAAAAUCAUAUAUAAUAGAAAA